AUGGAUCCGAAUCCAACCACGAUGUGGAGUUCCAUAGUGAAGAAAGACCCUCCUACGAAGCCUCCGGCUACCGAUGGAGCUCCGGCAGCGAUUCUCGGGACGGUCGGAAGCUGCAAAUCCACAAAGGGAAUCUCUAUUGCGGUGAUUGAUGCCAACGCCAUCAUUCAUGGAGGACAGAACUUAACCAACUUCGCCGACAAGUUCGUAACCGUCCCUGAAGUAAUCUCCGAGGUUAAAGACGCAGCUUCUCGCCACCGUCUCAACUACCUCCUCCCAUUUACUAUCGAAGAGAUGGAACCUUCUCCUGAUUCUCUCAGCAGAGUUGAGAAAUUUGCUAGAGCUACUGGUGAUUUGCAAACGCUCUCUAAGGUUGAUCGAAAACUGAUUGCUUUGACAUACACGCUCGAGGCUCAGGUUCAUGGCACGGAACAUCUCAGAGAGGUUCCUCCACCGAUUCAAACUGUUACAGUAAAGAGGUUACCUGAGAAGGAUUUACCUGGUUGGGGAUCCAAUGUAGCCAACUUGGAGGAGUGGGAAGCAUUAGAAGACGAGACCGAGGAAAAAACUGAUCCAAACUCCAAAAUCCUCCCGCUUAAAGACCUUAACAUGAAUAUCCUUCCCUCUGACACCUGUUCUGAGGCUGGUUCUCUUGUGUCGCAUCAAGAAGGAGAUGAGCAAGAAGGUGAGAGGAGGCAGAAGCGAUACCCGCCAAAGAAAACAGAGGUGAAGCUUGAGGGUAAGAUGGUAGUGGAGGGAGUAGAUGCGUCGAAAGGCGAAUGUGAUGAUGACGAUGCUGGUGGUGCCUGGAGACCUGCGGUUAGUAAGAGUACUCACAGAAAGUAUCUUAGAAGAAAGGCCAAGUGGGAACAUUACAGUGCCUUGGCUGAACAAGAUAUGCAGCAAGAUCUUGAAGCUGACAAAGCUGGUGGUAACAUGACUGAGAACUCAACUGAUGACAAGUGUGCAAAGAAUGACGAGGAUCUUUCUUCCGUCCUUAAAGAUAUGAGGUUGGAGGAAGAUUCAUUAAAGUCUCUCCAAGAAGAGGCGAGUGCUGAAACUGCUUUAAUUGAUGGUGAGGAUGAUAUUGAAGCUGAGGGGAUCGACGUUGCGAGUGAGGCUGGGGAGACAUUUGAGGCAUCAUCGAUGGCAGAUGAUGGUAGCAGCGAGCAGAGUUGGUCGUUGAGAGCCUUAUCUGAGUCCAGUGUAGCUUGUAUUACCGGUGACUUUGCAAUGCAAAAUGUUAUUCUUCAAAUGGGUUUGCGUUUGCUUGCUCCCGGAGGAAUGCAGAUUCGCCAACUAAACAGGUGGAUCUUGAAAUGCCAUGCUUGCUACACAACAACUUCUGAUGUUGAAAAAAUUUUCUGUCCCAAGUGCGGUAGUGGCGGCACUUUACGCAGAGUGGAAGUGAGAAUAAGCGAGAAUGGCGCCGUCAUAUCUGCGCGUAACCCACGUAUUUCAACUCACGGGGUGAAAUUUUCGAUACCAAUGCCUAAAAGUGGAAGAGACGGCAUCACCAAGAAUAUGAUUCUAAGGGAAGAUCAACUUCCUCUAAAGUAUCUCCAUCCCAAGACCAAGAAGAAAGCAAGCAAACCGGGAGAUGAGUGCUUCAUAUCAGACGAUGUGUUCAUGAACCAUCACAGUGAUAGGAAGUCACCAUUGCAGCCUCCUGUGAGAAAAGCUUUGGCCAUUUUCAGCCAGAAACGGAACCCUAACGACAACCAUUACUCUCGUUAUAUGCACUCAUAA